UCUUCCCCCACAUUAGAACAACAUUGCUGAACUUGCUUUCUGCUUUCUAAUUUUCACUUCUUCACACUUCACUCUUCACACUUCACACUUCACACCUCACAAAUCCACCAAAUCUAGGAGCAUAUUCCAGCUCCACCACAAAACCCUGCAAAAAGAAACUCACUUUUGAUUCUUUUCAGUUCCUUGUUAGGUGAACUCAAGCUCACUACUUGACAUAUGCAUUAUAAAAGGGCAUUGAAACACUGAUUUCUGGUGGAGCUUGACUAGUGCAUCUUCUAUGCUAUCUUUUGUAACAGAACAUAUGGGGUCACUCUGCAGCAAGAAUCGUCGUUAUAAUGAUGCCGAGGCUGAAGAAAAUGCACAGGCUGCAGAAAUUGAGAGAAGAAUAGAAUUAGAAACAAAGGCUGAAAAGCAUAUUCAGAAACUUCUACUACUAGGUGCUGGAGAGUCAGGGAAGUCUACAAUCUUUAAGCAGAUAAAACUUUUGUUUCAAACGGGCUUUGAUGAGGCAGAGCUAAAAAGCUACAUACCAGUCAUUCAUGCUAAUGUGUAUCAGACAAUAAAACUACUGCAUGAUGGGGCGAAGGAGUUAGCUCAGAAUGAUAUUGAUUCUUCAAAGUAUUUGAUAUCCAGUGAGAAGCAGGGUAUUGGUGAGAAACUCUCGGAAAUUGGAGGCAGGCUCGAUUACCCACAUCUCACCAAGGAGCUUGCAAAGGAAAUAGAGACUCUGUGGGAGGAUGCUGCAAUUCAGGAAACAUAUGCCCGUGGUAAUGAACUUCAAGUUCCAGAUUGUACCCAUUAUUUCAUGGAAAAUUUGCAGAGGCUGGCUGAUGCAAACUAUGUUCCAACAAAGGAGGAUGUUCUGUAUGCAAGAGUUCGUACAACAGGUGUUGUGGAAAUCCAGUUCAGCCCUGUUGGAGAAAACAAGAAAAGCGGUGAGGUCUAUAGACUCUUUGAUGUUGGGGGCCAGAGAAAUGAAAGGAGAAAAUGGAUCCAUCUUUUUGAAGGAGUUUCAGCUGUAAUAUUCUGUGCUGCUAUUAGCGAGUAUGAUCAAACGCUUUUUGAGGAUGAGAACAGAAACAGAAUGAUGGAGACUAAGGAACUUUUUGAGUGGGUCCUUAAGCAGCCAUGUUUUGAGAAAACAUCCUUCAUGUUAUUUUUAAACAAGUUCGACAUAUUCGAGAAGAAGAUCCUGAAGGUCCCACUCAAUGUAUGUGAAUGGUUCAAAGAUUAUCAGCCAGUUUCUACAGGGAAGCAAGAGAUUGAGCAUGCAUAUGAGUUUGUGAAGAAGAAGUUUGAAGAGUUAUAUUUCCAGAGCACUGCUCCUGACCACGUGGAUCGCGUCUUCAAGGUCUAUAGGACGACCGCCCUUGAUCAAAAGCUUGUAAAGAAGACUUUCAAGCUUGUCGACGAGACAUUGAGGCGGAGGAAUCUCUUUGAAGCUGGUUUAUUGUGACCAUGGAAGACAAUAUGUCAGUGAGAGAUGAAACAUAUUUUUACAUUGAAGAGGUUAUCAGAUUUUGGGUACAUUAGAGGUUUGGGUAUACCACAGUAUUUAAAAUCCAUUUGUUGAUUUUGUGUCUCAGUAAAAUGCUGUUGAGUUGAGUGAGGUGGAUAUUGGUGAAAAUGGCCCUUCUCAAAUACUUGAUCACCAUUUCCAUCAUCAUCUUCUUUAGAAGGAAAAAUUUGUUGUGCUUGAAGUUUUCAGAAUGACAUCAUGAUUUGUGAUUA